GCGACGCGCUGUUUGUCGGAUGUUUUUUUUUUUUACCCUCUUUUUUUCCCCUCCCUCCCCCCCCGCUGCUCCGAAUCCGCUUGACGAAACUACUUUUUUUAUUUAUUUUUUUCUACCGGCGAGACGUCGGCUCCUUUCGUCCGCAACGGUUCGUUUUUUGAGUCAGUUGUAGCCGGGCUCGCUGGCUGAGUACCGUUACCCAGCGCAACAGUUGCCAACUUAAGCAAACUGUCGUAAAACUCGCCCAACUGUUGCUCCGAACCAAGCGAAAUGGACUCCGAAACCAGCGGCUAGCGGGGAGCCGGCCGUUUUUACCCGGUCCUCGGUUACUUGUAACCGUUUUAAUGUGGCUUCGGAGUCGGCGGCUGUAGGGACUGUUGAAGUCGCCCAUGUAUAUGUUAACAUAUCGCCUCCGUCUGUAUGAAUUAGGGGUUGUUUUUUUUUUUUAAAAAGCCGCAAGUCAAGAUGCCGGGGGACUCGUCGAUGAGCUUCAGCUUUCUCAACAGGACGUGCAAGCUGGUCGUGCUCCUCUGUUUCCUCCACAUAUCGGUCACGUUGAUUUUCUACGUGACGUCUCUGGACGUCCGAUUCGCCUUUGUGCAACAUCAGCAGUCGCGGAGGGUUUCCAGCUUUGCCAGAGCGAGUAACCUGACGUCGAGAGACGUCGUAGCCCCGAGGAGAGCCGCCACAGCCUCCUCGCCGGCGGAGGGAGGAGACACCCGGGAUGAAGUGCCUGCCGCGGGCGGAGAGGAGGAGGAGAAGAAAGUGACAAAUGCCAAGAAGCUGGAGCGCUGUCCCGACGCGUCGCCUCUGCUGAUCGGCCCCCUGCGGGUAGAGUUCAGUUCCCCGGUCCCCAGCCUGGAACUGACCAGGAAGGAGAACCUCAACGUGCAGCCCGGUGGCCGGUACCAACCCAAAGACUGUAUUGCCCUGCAGAAGGUGGCUCUUAUCAUCCCCUUUAGGAACCGUGACGAGCACCUGAAAUACUGGCUGUACUAUCUCCACCCCAUCCUGCAGCGCCAGCAGCUAGACUACGGAGUCUAUGUUAUCAAUCAGAAGGACGGGAGCGAGACGUUCAACCGAGCCAAGCUGCUAAACGUGGGCUACAUGGAAGCUCUGAAGGAGUACGACUACAACUGCUUCAUCUUCAGUGACGUGGACCUCAUCCCCAUGGAUGACCGCAACAUCUACAAGUGUUUCAGCCAGCCCCGCCACCUCUCCGUGUCCAUGGACAAGUUCGGCUUCAAGUUGCCGUAUCACCAGUACUUCGGCGGUGUGUCGUCUCUGAGUAAGGAGCAGUAUCUGAAAAUCAACGGCUUCCCCAACAACUACUGGGGCUGGGGGGGCGAGGACGACGACAUUUAUAACAGGGUGGUCUCUAGGGGCAUGUCCAUCUCCCGGCCCAGUGGCGAGCAGGGGAAAUGCAGGAUGAUCCGACACAACAGAGACGAGAAGAACGAACCCAACCCACAAAGAUUUAAUCGUAUCGCGCACACCAGAGAGACCAUGGACAAGGACGGAAUCAACUCGUUGUCAUACAAAGUCGUGAAAACGGAGAAGGAACAGCUGUUUACCAAAAUCACAGUGGAUGUGGGGAAGCCCUGAGCAAACAUGCCACAGCUGGGCGAGACAUUAACGACUGUGGAGACAGUCAAAACCAAAACGUGCCUUCACACUUGAAAGGAGGGAUUGGGGGUCUUGUUUGGACCACUGUGUCCAAGGGGGACUGAGAACAUCAGCCCAGACAUGCUUGGUGUUCCUGGUUUUUUGGGUUUUUUUCUACCUUUUUUUUUCUUUUUGUCAGUCUUUGCACACCUGGAUGGAUGUAAAACGGGCAUUCACAGCCUUGUUCUUCUUUGCUGGGAGGUGAUGGCGGGGCACACACCGGACGCCGGCUGUGCUCUGGUUGCCCAGUCGGUCGACCACUGCUCCUGCAUGAGCCAUUUUGUCUGAGUGAAUGUUUGUUGGGACAAUCGGUUCAUCUCCAGUCACACACACGGACAACGACGGAGGCGUCCUCUUUUAAUCGGUCAUCAAAUCACUGUGCGGGAGAACAGAGGGAUGUCCGCCAUAUUCCGUGGGAGUUUUUUUUUGUUUUGUCUUUGUGUGUGUCUGUUUGUGCGUGUGUGGCUAACUUGAUCCGCCGGGCGUCUGCGUUAGGAUAAACCCAACUCUUAGAAAGUAUGUCACUAUGAAGUGGUUGGGGUCCGGACAUAUCCGUCACUGAAACGACAAAAAAACAAACCGAAACUCAAAGCUAUGAAGGAUGAGAUCCUGAUCUGUCGCCGCCAAGCUGACGUCCGACAGGCCUUCCAAAGUUCAAGCAAAAACUGUCUUUUCGUUGAUUGAGGCAGACAUUUUAUUGUCAUUGUACGUGCACACAACGAAAUUCGUUGUGUGCACGUACACGUCUGUGAAGGUUGUUCCAUCCCCCGCCUUUUAAAAACUGAACACGAAUAUUCUUGAAUCAUGUGACUGGCUGAAUUUACCCCUGUCCUGGACAGUGUGUGUGUGUGUGUGAGAGUGUGUGUGCAUGCACGUCAUGCUGGUGUGUGAUGGGGAUGAGUUGUUAUGAAUUAUGCUGGAGGUGACUAGCUUUAUGUUUUACCAGUUAUUGUUUUAGCUCGGGGCGGCUGCAGAGAAACACGUAAUUGUGUCUCGCGUCUAAAAAUAAAUCAUGUCUUGGGUUCAAGUCCAACCUGGUUUCUGUUGAACUGAGAAGAGCUGGGAGACUAUCUGUGAUAAUGGGGUGCGGUUGGACACCCACAGAAUCCAACGGGGGAAGAAAAAAAAAGGUUUUAAUCCCAGUAAACUAAAGAAAGGUUCGUGGUAAAGCGACUUUGCUGCAUCAGGUCAUCGUCUUGGAUGUCCUGGUUUUUCUCAAUACGUUAUCGUCAUAUGUUGUAAAGGUGCAGCUCAGUAGCGAGAGGCUUUGUAACCAGAACAGGAAGUGACCGCGGCUUCCUGUUAAGUUAAAUACUGUUCGGUCCCGUUGGUCAAUGCAAGAAUGGCUGCCCAAGUUCCAGAUGCGGCAGCCGCUGCGGACCCGCCUUUUUCACCACUGUUACCCGGCUGUUCGUUCCGAAUCAGUCAAGUUCGCCACUGAGAGGCCUCGUCAGCCUUUUAACUUGCCUCCAUUUCCCCCGAGUGUCUUCCUCUCUUGGUUUUUUAGCAGCGCACAUAAAAAAGAAUUGUAAAUUUGCCACCAUUUUGCCUUAAAAGACUCUAUGCACUUAGCAGCAAUAAACCCGAACCCUUACCGUGGUGAGGGGUGAACGAAACACAAAGUAAGUGUGGAGCGUUCCCAUGAUGCUCUUUGCUUGGUGAUGGAUGCUGAGCUGAGCCAGUCGAAGUACAACUCGCACAUUCAACCCCUGUUGUUGUUCCAGCUGUUGCAUGUGCGAGCCCUACGGGUGAUUGGUUUCCCAGCAGGUUAUAUUCACUUUCUACUCAAACGCCAUCUUUUUGUUGUGCCGCAUUGCCCAACAGCCGACAAUAGCCUUUUGAUGAGAAGGCCAACUUGUUGUUCAGGCUUCUCCAAGCGUGAUCGUCUAAAGCUUCUUCCUCUUUCACUUCUGUGCUUUUUAGUCCGCUUUGUCUUCUUGUGGUAUCAGAAUCUGUUGUACGUUUUUUUUCUUUUAUAAGUGUGUUUGGAUGCAUGUCGAGCUUUUCCCGCUCUGUAAUUUUUUUUUCUUUCUAUUUUUGCCAAAGGGGUGUUGAGAGAAAUUCAUCAGAGUAAAUCUUUAUCUUUAGGUAAUAAAUUUGUUGGUUGAA